UGUGAGAGGUUUCCAAAGUAUUCCAAAAGCGGUCGGGAAAAUUCUAACGGACGGACUGUGUGUGAUAAGUGACUGCAGUUCCAUCAGAAAUUAAGUGCUGAUGCACCGAAAUCCAAUUGGAGUUCGAGAAACGUGAUCGCGCUUACCCACACCAGCACAUACAUAGGUGGAAUUCAACUAUAUAAUCGUAUGUACAGACGUACAUAAGUAAAUGUUUAUGCACGGGUAAUUCUAUUCCCAUAGCGCUAGAAACGAGAACCCGACUUCCAAUCAAUCAAAUCGACGAUUUCCAUAGCAUAACGCGCAAUUAGUAUUAAUCUUCGAUAGCGGCUCGUUCCUCGAGUAUAAUUAAGGCCAAAAUGAAGACGAACAUUGAUAAGGAGCUGCUGCCGAUGAAGGCGCACUACUUUCUAUUCAAUGCCGGCACCGCACCCGUUGUACCCUUCAUGCCGACACUGGCCCAGCAGCUGGGCUAUUCCUCGGUGGUGGUGGGGACAAUGUACAUGAUAUUGCCCAUAAUUGGAAUGUUGGCAAAGCCGCUCUUUGGCUACCUUGCAGAUCGCUACCAUCGCCAUCGAGUGCUAUUCCUCAGUGGACAAGUCAUCACUGGCAUUGCGUUCUUUAUGAUUAUGUUUGUGCCGGGCAUAGACAAGCCUCUGCCCCAAGUGCAGUUCCACUGCCAUGCAGGCGUCUCGAACAUUAGGCACUGCUCCGAGCAUGGUGAGUGCGUGGAGAAGAAUAUGGAAUCCUUCUACGGGAAUCAGACACUCGCCUGCGACUUGCAGUGCGACGCCGAGCCCUACAUGUGGGACAUUGUGUGCGAGAACUGGCUGAAAAAUCAAACAGAAAACUGUGCGGCGAACCGCACAAAUCCGCAGCUCGACUUUGGCAUCAGCAUCAACAUGAAGGACAUUCUCGAGGAAGAAAACUGCCUGUUCUUCAUGGUUCCCCAAGAUCGUGGCGAGGUGGCAGGCCAAACCGUACCGCUCUUUUGUCCGGCGGAAAAGCAAUACUUCAACGCCAGCUGCCGCAUGGACUGCCACGACCAGUACCUUAAGGAGCAGCUCUCUGAGAGCCCCGUGAUUAACACGCUUGACGCCAUGGGCCAGCCCCAGUUCUGGUUCUUCUUCGGCAUGCUGAUCAUCAGCUGGAUCGGCAUGGCAGUGGUGGUGAGCAUUGGCGAUGCCAUUUGCUUUGGCAUCCUCGGCGAUCGCCAUCAUCUGUAUGGGAAGCAGCGGCUGUGCGGCUCGCUUGGAUGGGGUAUCUUUGCGCUACUUGCCGGCGUUCUCGUGGACCACAUGUCGGUCGGCAAUGCGAACAAGAACUACACGGUUGUGUUCUGGAUGGCCCUAGUGAUAAUGGGCUUCGACGUCCUUGCCUCCUCCAAGCUGAAGGUCACCCAAACACACUUGUCUUCCAACAUACUGAAGGAUGUUGGCCAGAUGUUUCUCUCCCUGCGCUGUGUGAUCUUCUUUCUGUGGUGCGUUGCCAUUGGCUUUGGCACGGCGCUGAUCUGGAACUUUCUGUUCCUGUAUCUGGAGAUGCUGGACAAGCAGUACAUGGGCUGCGACAGCUCCAUCAAAACACUGGAGGGCCUGGUUAUGGCCAUCCAAUGCUUUGGCGGCGAGCUGCCGUUCUUCUUCCUGUCGGGCUGGAUACUGAAGCGGAUCGGACAUGUGAAUGCCAUGAGCAUGGUUCUCUUUGGCUUCGGGGUACGCUUCAUUUUGUACUCAAUGCUGCAGAAUCCCUGGUACAUACUGCCAAUAGAGCUGCUAAAUGGCGUCACCUUUGGCCUGUUCUACGCUACAAUGGCCUCCUAUGCCAGCAUUGUGGCGCCACCCGGCACUGAGGCAACCAUGCAGAGUCUUGUGGGUGCUAUAUUCGAGGGCGUUGGCGUCUCCAUGGGAAGCCUGAUUGGUGGCAUACUAUUCAAUAGCGAUCCGCGAACCACUUUCGAGAUCUUCGGCAUUGCCGCCUUCAUCAUAUUCGUGGUCCAUGUCUCCAUUCAGAUGUUCCUGCAGCGCAAUGGCAGUAUAGAUGAAAACGGCACUGUCAAAUAUCUCGCACCGACAGAUGCAAUGCACAUGCUGAAUGAUCAGGAAUAUAGUAGAGUUAGCUAAGAAGAUCGCAUAACCAACCACCAACUCCACCACCUACAAUCCACCAAGAGCCGAUAAAGGGGCACACCUCUUCCGCUGAAUGCUACUCCACUCCACAACGACAUCUUUCCAACUUUGACGCUGCAUGUUGAAUAGAUAUUGAUGCUGUUUGAUGAUUGAUUGUAUUGUAUACGUGCUUUAAUUUAGUAGUUACACAAAUGUGAAAUCUCCCUGCGUGCAUGCUGCGUACUCACAAAAACACACUCCCCUCAUUUAAUAUAACCCUUCGAUUCAGUGUGAAAAAUUCUUAAUUAAUUGUAGAAUUACAAGUGCAGCAGGCGGAUGCAUGUCUUAACAUAGUUUUGAUCAAUUUACUAUGAAUUUAAGUAUAAAUACUAAGACGCUGCUUUUGGCGCUGUGAAUGUUUAAAUAUUGCUUCUCACACACUUAAUCUUAAUGUUAAACAUAUGAUUAUAUUAUUUAAUAUUUGUAGCUAAAUGUAUUCGAUUGCCUUCUUGCUCCGGCCUGGCUCUGCAUGCAUGUGGCUUCGUUUUUCCGAAAUCUCCAAAGUAUUUACUUAAUUUAUACACCUAAAUUACAGUCAACAAUUUAAUAUUUUCCAACGUAUCGUAUUGUAGUAGAUACACACUGCAUAACAUAUACAUACCUACACUUAAUUAUUAAUAUUGUUUCUCCAAAUGGUCCAACUUUUGUUCUACUGUUGUUUGUGUAUUUAGUACUUAUUUAGUUUGUUAAUGUGGGGAAAUCCAAAUAUUAUUUUAAGCUGCCAAGCGAUCGUUGUUCUACUGCGUCUUCUGGCUGCCAAUGAGCGACUCUUCGUGCUGCUGCCGCUCGAGCUUGCGCUGGUAAUCACGCUGCUUGCAUGCCGCCACGUUCGCGGCGCGUUUCUGUAAUCGAAAAUUCAAAGAUAAUAAACGUUAAAGUGGAGAUCUUGCAUGUGUUU